AUGACAUUCCCACAAACUGCUCAAUUUAUCAAUAACCUUCUCUUGCAAAUAUCCCACGUUACCACCCAAAAUAUACGUCCGUCAGGGAACGAUGAGUUCGAAGCACAAACCCAGACACAACGCCGUGGUUAUUACCGCCUAACCCAGACCAAAUCGAGAUCCGCAUUUCCAACAUCCCAAGCAGCAAACCUCAAACCGCUGAUGCUGACUCUGCAUUGCAUAUUUCCCAAUGACUUUCUCCUCGCACUGGAUAUUCUGGACCGAGGGCUCGUUAGACGUGUCUGCAGUCAUGCAUGUUCACAGCAGAACACGUCAACCGGCACUGAAGACGGGAAGGACGAAGGCGAACAUGUUGCCGAAAAUCAAACCCAACUCAAGGAGGACUUCUUCUUUGCAUGGAACUGCACCUGUCCAUUCUUUACGAUAUCUGCAUUCCGUGAUAUGAUCACAGAGCCUUCAUCACCAUCCUUCUCGGACCAGACCGUGAGUGCAGAUGGGGAUGGCAAUGAAAAGGCCACACAUAACCGCGUCGGCUAUGAAAAUUUCAGCGUUGAUGCUGGUGCUGAUACGCUAGACACAAAUGCCUACGCUGAUGCCUACUCUUUUGGUGGUACACUGCGCCUGCACCAAGAGUCAGCACCCCCAGUCUGCAAGCAUAUUCUGGCCUGUCUGCUGGCUGCUCUUUGUCCCAGUCUUGGUGUGAAUGGAAAGGAUGAAGAGGGCCGGUCUGUUACCCUUGACAAAGAGGAGAUUGCGGCCUUGUGCGCUGGAUGGGGAGGAUGA